AGGGAACGUGGAAACCCAUUAAAAUGUAAUAUGGGCUACGAUGGGCCUGACCUGAGAGAGGUGAAUUUAGUUUUGACUUUUCAGCUGCUUUUCACAUACUCGAUUGAUUCGAGGAGCGAAUCCAAAAUUUGCAAGUUUUGUUGACCAUGAGUACAGGUGGAGCAUUUGGAGGAAACAGAGGAUUAAGACCAAUACCACCAGAAAAGGGCAUUUUCCCUUUGGAUCACUUGCACGAAUGUGAUGUGGAGAAGAAAGAAUAUCUUGGCUGUCUUAAAACUUCAGCUCACAAAUCUGAGCAAUGUAGACAUCUCUCUAAGAAGUAUCUCGAGUGUCGAAUGGCUAAGAACUUGAUGGCAAAGCAGGAUAUGGCUGAACUUGGAUUCAGUGGUGUUAAAGAACUGGAUUCCACUGAAGAUAAGAAUAAAGAGAGUAUCCAACAUUGAAGGUGGUGUGCCUCGUUUUGUAGAAUUUUGGAUUGAGAUAGUAUUUUUAAGAUUUGAGGUCUUAAAACCCCAACCACUCUCAAAGUAUAUGCUUUACCAGCUUUACAAUACGUACUUCAUAUGUUUUCCUGUGUGUGAAUUAAAGUAUCAUUAUACAAAGCAUUAAACAGAAGCAAAAUAGGAUUUAUAAUUAGUCUCUUUC